CCCUUCUGUUUCAGAGGCCAGACAUCCAAAAUGGGAGGCAAGCUCAGCAAAAAGAAGAAGGGAUACAACGUAAACGAUGACAAGGCCAAAGACAAGGACGCCCCGGCCGAGGGGGCGUCUGUAGAGGAGAGCGAGGCGCCGAAGGACAACAAAGACGAGGUGUCGGCCGCCAGCGACUCCAAGGAGGUAGCGAACGACACGGCGGCGGCCAAGGAGGAAGACAAGAAGGAGGAGAAGAAAGAGGAGAAGAAGGAGGAGAAGAAGGAGGAGAAGAAAGAGGAGAAGAACGCCACCCCCGCUGUAAAGGAGCCGGAGAAACCUGCCGCCAACGCCGAGCCGAAAACAGAGGCGCCGAAAACAGAGGCGCCGAAGAGCGAAGAGCCCGCCAAGGCCGAGGAGAAGCCCGCGGUCAAAGAGUCAGACCCUGCCCCCGCCAAGGAGCCCGAGGCCAAGGGGGCGAAACCCGAGGUUAAAGAAGAGGCCGACGCCAAAAAGACUGAGGCCCCCGCGGCUCCAGCAGCCAAAGCAGAGGCGGCCAUCGCUGCCUCCCCCGAGCCAACAGAGGCGGGAAAAGAGCCCGCCGCCGCCGCCGCCGCAGCACCUAGUUCAACACCAGCCGCCAGCGAGACCCCCGUCAAAGAGGCCAACGCCACGGAGGCACCAAGCAAGGAUCAAACCGUAGCAGUUCAAGAUUAAUGGACAGCUUCUUUUCGGAAAUAACAUAAAAAGUACCUAACUCAACCAUGAAGAUAAAAAAAAAAAAAAGGAAAUGUACUAGCCCACCACCCAUAUUAUGAUAUUAACAAUAAUAAUAAUAAUAGUAGUCGUAAUGGUAAUAAUUUGAUGAAACUGAGCAGCUACCUGGAGAACUCCACCCCCCCCCNGCCCCUCGCUGCAGAUUAUAAUUGCUAUUAUUAUUGUUACGUUUUAUUCUAUUUUUUUCUGCUUUAGUAUUUGAACUUUGAUACGAGUUUGUGUCGGCCAUUCGCCUCGCCAUCCCACCUUCAUCAUCGUCUCCCUCCUGAAGGCAAGAGGCUUACCCCCCGCUCUGAGGACAUCAGAACGGCUACUUGUGAGGACAUGGGACUGAAGGAAGGAGGGGGUUUGAGAAAUGUCUUCACCAGCUGGACUUCCAUUGAAUCGGUCCACUUACCCUCCUCUUCUGAGUAUCCUACUCUCCGUCUUGUCCUGGUACCUCCAGUCUUUCUUGGGAGUUGUAACCGUGUACUUUUAGGUAUUCUUGGGCUGUGUUGGGUCUCUAUACGGCAACAACUGAUGAGUUUCAAUCUGUUGUGAGGACUGAGAAAGCUAAGCCUUCCUGAGACAUUUUGGAGGUUGAAGAAGUCCGGCUUUGCAGAACCAAACACAUUCUUAGACGUAUAAAAAAAAGUUUCAGAUAAACUUCUAGAUUUUGUACUGAAACCCUUAGGUAUAUUGUAAGCAAACUAAGUGGUUUUUUAACAUUUGUAAUACACUUAUAAAUUCUGCAAAGCCUCCUUUUCAAAGAUCUCCAGCGUGUUCUUAGAAAGUCCGAUAGACUUCUCUGACUCUUCGUCCAAAUCUGAUGACAAAUGUGAUCACGGUACUAGGCAAGACAGAUAUGUUUUGGGACCUGGGAGACAUUUGAAAAUCUCGCCUAGCGUUAGUUUGAUCGAGCUUAGGAUAACAAGCUGGUGAGGUUUAUUGAAAUAUCAGGAGAUGUCAGGAGUUAACCGCUUUUUCUGGGAUUGACUUGAGUUUCUGGACCGUUAAGUAAAAGUUCUACAUUCUUCUUAACUCCAGCUAAAUAUACUUAUCUGGAGUUAAAGUAUAUUGUGAAACCAUAUUAAUACUGGGCAGAGAUGGAAAGUGUUAACAUGGACUUACCACAAACUAGAGGAAAGACCCCCAACAACAAUCCCAAUUUCUGGAUUUUUUAAAAUUACAUAAGCUAUUUAUUUCUGUUGAUCGUCUGGAUUAACCAAUCGUCAAUCAGUAAACCCAUUCACGUAACUUUGGCAUAUAGCCUUUGAAGCUUCCUGUAGAUGACAGCAGGAACAUCUGCGGUGCAAACCUCACCAGUUUGGUAUCCAAGCGGCUGAAAACACCUGCGGUCCAGAUCACAGAUUGUGUUGUUCGUCCGAGGUUGGUGUAUCAGUGUAUCUCCGUAAACUCAAGGAGGACCAGAGGGGGGGUUUCUGCGAAUGACCUGAGUCGUCAUUAACCUGAUCUUCUUUGGUCCCGUGGAAACGCCAUGCUAUCACAACGGGAUGGAAAACUCUUGCACAUGAAAAGGGAGCCUCUGAUUUCUCAUUUCUCAUUCAAUAUAUACGGCAUAUAUGUAAAUGCAGCGGUGGAACAAAGGUAUUUACCUAUUUUACUCAAGUGGAAGCAAUGUGGGUAAGAAACACUCCGUGGUAGUCCUGCAUUUUCUUACGUGCUAACGUUUCCAAGGGGAAAGUACUGAAAGUGGAGAAGAGAGUUGACCAUCGUCGUGCUUUUGGCAGAUAGGAAGGAAGCUUUUAUAUAAGCCGAAAGAAAGGAGGUAUAGAAACAAGGAAAACUGCAAUAAAGCAAUAGUGAAAUAUGUAAACAAGAAAGGAAGGUGGCAAGGCGGAAAGGAGAGAUUGAAGGACAGGACAUAUCAGUGAUCAUGAUAGAUGGAAGAACUUCAUUUUCUAAAUUGGAGUACUCCGAAUUGAAAACAGUCAAGAAAGCACCUUUUAAAUGGUCUUAACUUCAGUGUUUGAGUAAAUAGACUUUUGUAAUGUCCACCUUUGCCUCUAUAUGUCAGUAUAUAUCUAUAUAUUUAUCCAUCCCAGCUUUCCAUUUGCCAGUUUCUCUGUUUCCUGCGACUGACGCCCAACACGUCCUCCCAGCACUCGUCAAACCGUAGCAGAAGCUCAAACUGGAGGAGCGUUGCGUGUCACUCGGCUCAGCUUUUUCUUCCUCUCUUGACUCAGUAAAUUGCAUGUCCGUGGUUGGGUGAACCUGUAGUCCUGUCUUUUUGGUCAAGUGGAAAAAAAAAAGUACUAAUUUCUCAGUUUUCUGCAUCCAUCGCAACUCCAGUUGAUAUUUCCAUUCCAUGUCUCACCACCUGCUAUUUCCACGCCACAAACAAAACAAAAAGAUGAUAUGGAAAUUGAUGCAUUCAAAAUUAUAUGUACUUGUAUAAAUGGUGCAACAGUAAUAAAAUGUAAGAAAUUGACUGAAACCUUGA